UAAUGUCCGGUCUAUCUCUAGUGCGGUUAUUAUCCUAGUGAUUUUAGUCUUAAGUUCCUGUGGUCUCCUGGAACAGGCACGCUUCUUUCAGGAGAGAAUAUUAUGAUUAUUACAGAGCACUAAAACACGAGAGGAAUUUAAACAUCCAAAUGCCGAAUGACAUGAUUCAACGUUUUGGAAUGCUAUCCCUGUUGUUGGUUUUGUACACUAGUUGUGUACAUUGUGGAACCUUCAAAAAUGCAGACACGUGUCUUCAGAAACUAUGCAGAUGCUUCCCUUCCUCGAAGUUAGUUAACUGCACUGGACGUGACAUGCAGUAUAUUCCAGUUUUACCAACAUACACAAAAACUGUUUUAUUUACAAAGACAAACUUUUCGAAUAUAACGGGAAAGUUUUUGUUCAAUCUUACUUUGAUUCCUGUGGAAAGAUUACAUUUCAUAGACACUUUGACCAAACUCAUAGACCCGGAUUCAUUUGUCAAUCUUACAAAAAUAUCUACUUUGGAGAUCAGCAGAAAUUAUGAAUUACCACAAGAUCUUAUAUCUCCCAUUCUAGCAUACACACCUAAGAUACGAACUGUUAAACUGACAUCAAAUCGCUGGACGACCGUUCCGGAGGAUAUGUUUUCGGGAUUACACAACUCUUCAAUCAGCGUAAUUUCUCUUAAAAAUAACUGGAUCGUGAAUAUAAGUGGAAGACAUUUUUUUGGUUUGCAUUUUCUGCAAAUUUUGGAUUUAUCUAACAAUUCUCUUUCGCAGAUAAAUUUUACAGGAUUCGAAUCUACUUCAAUCUCCACAAUAAACCUUGCCAGCAAUCACUUUACUAAAGUACCAUCUUUCUGUGGCCCAACUGCACAGUUGACAGGGAAGUACAAAACUCUAAAAUUACAGCAAAAUUAUAUUCGUGAUCUUGACGGGUCUUCAUUUCAAUGUUUGCAGUUUUUACAUAAUCUUUUUCUUGAUAAGAAUUCUGUAAGCGUCAUACGAAGCAACACAUUUGCACAAUUACCAAAACUGGAAAAACUAUCAAUGACGUUUAUCGGCGAUCAUUUACAUACCAUUGAGGGGUAUGCAUUCAACUCCUCAAGUCUUAAAAAUUUGGACAUUGGGAAUAAUCGAUAUAAAUUUGAUAAACUGCCUUGGUUGUAUAGGACAGUGUUCGCUUCACUACCAAACCUCUUGUCGCUUGAUCUUACCGGCAACUCCCUUCCGUCAGAGUCUAAAGCUCUGGGGGAAUUGUUUACGAAUUUAAAUAAAUUAGAAAAACUUAUUUUGGAGAAUACAGCACUAAAAGCACUCCCACGCAACGUCUUCCAAAAUAUUCCUAAUUUAGAAUCUUUGAUACUAAUUGGGAACUACAUAAGCGGCUGGGGCGACGACCCGGAAGUGUUUGGCAAUGUUACGUCACUGCGAAGCCUGUACCUUGACGGAAAUAACAUAAAACCUGUGAAUAAAACGUCUUUCCCAGAGCAUUUCCUGAACUCACUUGACAAAUUAUGUCUAACUAAUAACCCAUACACGUGCACAUGUGAUCUCAAGUGGUUCGUAGACUGGAUAAAAUCUACCAAGCAUACCAUCAUUGUUAACUACCCUCGGAGAUAUGCGUGUAGAUAUCCUCCAGAAAUGAACAACGUGUUAUUGAAAAACUACAACCCUACUACGAAAAUAUGUUCACAUAUCGACUAUCCUUUAAUAAGAAACAUAUGUAUCGCCGUUUUUGUGCCCUCAACUAUUAUUCUUAUCGUUGUAUCGGUGGGAUAUAAAUUUCGGUUCCGGUUGAGUUACUGGCUGCACAUACUAGGAAUAAAGAGAGUUGGCUACAAAAGAAUCGAGAGUGAUACUGAUUAUCGUUACGACGCUUUCGUUAUCUACUCCACUGUCAACAGGGACUUUGUGUUCAAUUACAUGAUUCCAGAAUUAGAAGACAAAGCUGGAUGUAGACUAUGCAUACAUGAAAGAGACUUUGAGGUAGGCAGGUUCAUUCUGGACAAUAUCACGAAUCAUUUUGAACAUAGCAAGAACAUCAUUCUGGUGUUAUCAACGGCCAUCCUCAACAGUGAAUGGUGUACAUUUGAGCUUUCAUUGACACAGUCCAGAACUGCAAUAGAGGGUCCGGGGGUGUUGACAGUAAUACUACUGGAGGAACUAGAUACUGCCAUAUUGCCAUCCACUGUGCGAGCUAUUCUUGACACGGUCACUUACACUGAAUGGUCACAGGAGAAAUCAAAACAGAGCAGGAUUUGGGCGAAAAUAGUAACAGCUUUGAAUACGCACAAAGAUGGUGUAGACUUGCUUUGAUACAUAACCUGUGAAUGAUUUUGAUAUAGAAAACACCUGCUUCAGUGACUGUUGUUUUAAACAUAAUUAUAGAGAGGUAUAAUCAUUUCACUUUUAUUCAAUAUGCUAUCUAGAUCUGAUUGAUAAAACUGAAUGCAAUUUAAUGUUUAACACUAUUCUUAUUUUCCAGUCGCUAUUAUCAUAUUACAUGUUAGAUAGUUUACGUGUACUUAAAACGCGCUAUGAUGUGUAUCUUUUUUAAUAACAAAACGUUCCGAUAUGUUAUAAUUUCGCAUUUAAAUCGUAAAGUCAUAAUACGAAUUUAUUAAUUUUUCGUUAUAAAAUAUUAUAUGUACGUGUAUAUAGAGCAAUUUAGUCCGUCUACAAAUGUACCAUCAAAUAAACCAAUUAUAUUGGGAUGAUGUCAAAUGUCAGAGCCGACAAAAUAUUAGUUAGAUCAUUGAUAAUAUUAAGGAAAAAAAACAAGUUCCCAAACUUGAUAUACCUGGACGGAAUCUUGCAAGGCUCUAAGACUUUAUAUAUAAUUUUAUGUAAUGCUGAUGAAUAGGUCUUUCCCCUGUAUAGUAUUGAACCCUGCAUACCCCCAUCCCUCAAUGUCUGAUCAGCGAUGAAAAUUCGACAUGUUUGUGCUUAUACAUGUACAUUCUCUAUAAGAAACGGGUAAAGAUUAAAAGUAUGUUUGUUUACUUUGAAUGUAUAACAGAUAAAUCCUAACCCGAAGGGUGAUGUUUUUAUCGUGUAACCUUAGGUAUUUUUUAAGCAGAAGGUUUUCAAAUAUUCUCUAACGAUUUAACUUUUCCUAUGACUUAAGAUGAUUGUAUUCUGAAACUUUACCUCGCAUAAUAUAAAAGUAUAAAUGUGAACAUUACAAAUGUAAAUAUUAUCUAUACAUUCAUUAAUCUAGAAAAUUACUUAUUAAUGUAUAAAUAUAUACUAAGGGGCCCCUCUUUCAUGCAUAUGUACAGUUGCUCUUACAUUGUAGUUUCUACCUUACUGAUUUUGUGUUGUUAUAUGUGUUCCUGUGUACAAUUUCAUAUUGAAAGUUUUUAAUUUUUUUAAAAUCAGUAACCUACCUAUAUUUUGAGUUAAUCUUAUCCCAGAUUAUUUCUUAAUAUGAAUAUUGAGGAUUUCUAGUCAUUUUGUUUUGUUUUUAAAUAUUCAUCGAUUUUUCAGAGACUAAUAAGGAUACGAUAGAAAUAAUUGUGUAUUAGGAUAGUCAUGAUGUCGCCUACCUGAACGAGACUAUCCCACCUUGGCCGUGAAGUAUAAAGGAAUUCAGUCGUAUUUGAUGUAGACAGAGAUUUUUGAGGAUUAAACCGAUGCUAAACUUCAGCAAAUUUCAUCCUGAGGGUAGAUUCAGUAAUACAUUAUCUUUCAUAACAUAACAUAAACAUGCUUGAAUUUGUAAUGUAGUGAACCAAAUUAAAUGUACCGCCGGCAUCAGUGGCGUUUGAAAUGUGUGACACAAGUGAGAAUACGGUCCUAUUGUGUUAUAGUUACGCCACUUGAAUUAAUGACAAGAUUUGAUGAAAACAUGUAAGCGUUUUUCCCUUAGUAUAGGCAUAUUAAGACAUGUUGUUCUCUCGUAGUAUCAUGUCAUUUAAGAUAAGUUUUGCACAUUAAAAAUAUAUUAAUGCUUGCUAGUUUUAUAUAUCAUUGGCUGAUCACUAAGCAUAUAAAUACAAAAUGGUUAGUCCGGAAGACUACUUUAUUUAUUAAUCCAUGAAAAGUAACUGAUAUUAUGUCAACAGUAUCAAAUAACGAAAUGUCAAAAGGGAGUUUUCAAAUGUUACAUGUAUUGUACUCACAUAAGUGACUAAUGUCAUCGUCCUGAUUAGAUAACAAUAGAUUCAAGAUUUAAAUAUGGCCUCUAGAAAUAGCCGUACGGAUAACAGCUGAGUGAAUAACAGAUAAACAAUGGAGUUAACUAUGAAAUGGUUUGUUUUUGCUGUGAACAGUUAUGUCUCGAUGUAUAAUAUUUAUUUCCUUGGGGAAACAUUUAUUAAAAAACUACAAGAUGGCGAAUGGUGAUGUGUCGCCAGAAAGCGGAAUAUUUGCUAAUGAAAAUAAAAACGAGGGAAAAGUACUCUCUGUUAUGGAAAGUUUAGGGUACUAGUGAAUCCUUCCCAGGUGGAGAAUGGUUUUCGCCUUCAUAUUAAAGAGGCAUUUUCUCUCUAGAUAAAAGUGAAAAUGCAUUUAUGUAAUGAGUAAGGAAAAAUUGUCUUUUUUUCGAACUAUACGCCAAUGGAAAAUUUCAAAAGCCAACAACAACAGGACUUGGCAAUAUUGUAAGAGUAUAGAAAAACACAAAAUAUUUCGCUGGUAACAGUCGGGUUUAAUUAUAUGUUGGUUUAUGGUGCUAACGACACAUACAUAUACCACUCCUGGACAGAUAUAUAACCCUAAAUACACGUUGAUUUAUUAAACGUCCGCUAGUGAUGUUCAAAGAGACAAACGUACCGUAUACCAGCUGUGUAUGCUACCCCAUCCCCCUUUCCCCAGCUACCAGGCAUAUGACAGUUAAAUAGGAAACCAUAUCCUUACAAUUUCAGAAAAUGCGUUCGCAACCUUCUGCUUGGCGACUCACAAAUUAUCGCCCACACUUGUAUGAAAGAUUUCAGAAAUACAGUCACUAAUUUUAAUAGAAUAAAUUUGUGAAGCCAUUUAUAUUUGAAAAGGAUUAAAACAUGAAUAAGUAACGGAGUUUCUAUUUGCUACGCCCCGUAUUAAUAUAACAAAACGUCGUUUCCAAAGUGUAAUACAUUAUUGGAACGAAUUGAGAUAAAAAUUCUAACGUUUUUUUUAGAUUUUUUAUAGAUAUUUUACAUUUAUGCAGAUUACAGAUAAAUACAUUGCCUUGCCUUCCUCGUCAAUAACUUUUUGAUCAUGCUCGAAUUUGUAUUUAUUUUCCUUUUUUUUUUAACGUAAGAACAUAUUUUGAAAAUUAAAUCUUUAAGAUUUGAUUGUAGAGCUCACUUUAAGAGUUCUGGAUCCCUCCAGGGCACUUCAUAAAAUGUUAUCGAACAGAAAGAUCUAAGUGGUUUU